AUGGACUUCUUUUUCAACCGAUCGGCAAAAAAAACGAAUGAAGAGACCAAGGGAGAUAUGAAAAAAAAGAAAAUUUGUUGUGUAUGUUUAGAAACCAAGAAACUGAGAGAUGAAUGUAUUGUUAAAUUAGGAGAAGAACAAUGCAAAAAGUAUAUUGAUGACCACAAUCAGUGUUUGCGGAAUGAGGGUUUCGACAUAAAAUAA